AAAGAUCCAAUUCGUCAUAUCUCAGAUCGGAUAAUCCUAGUAAACUGGUAGAAAUCCAUCGGAUGGCGCUCUUGAUGCCUUGGAGCUGAUGCGCAGGGAGCUGUCCACGGCUCUGAAACUACAGCGGAGCGGUUUAAGCUUUCAGACGCUUCAUGCGAAGCAGCUGAACCAUAUUCUUCUUUAUUUUGAGCCACAGAGAUAACAUUAUUCUCAGAGAAGGUGAAAGUGAUGGCUGACAUCACAGAAAACGCCAGUCGUGCCGCUGAAUUGAUCAAGUGUCGUCGCGCGCUGCGCAGGGAGUUCUGACGCGGUUAUUCCCCUCACGAGCUUCUACAUUGAUACUUCACCAAAAUGUACAGAGAUGGACCAGUGUGCUGGAUUACUUAUGACGCUAUUUGGAAACUAUUAUGAAUAGGAGUUCAACAUCACCAAAUGAAUGACCAGCUGCUUACUUUGCUCAGCAAUCUUCGGAUGUUUUUCUUCGAGCAACUUCAUCAAAGAGCUUUCAUUUAAAGAAAGGCUUUUGCAUUUAACUCGCAUAUUAAGUAACUAAACCGGGGGAAAAUAAUAAAGUAAAUUAUGCCUUUGAGUAUGUUGUUGCACAGCCCGCGUGAAAAAUGAUUGCUGUAAAUAGCGAGUGUAUAACUAUGAUGAGAAGAUGCCUGCUGACGUUCAAACCGUUCAGGAUAUUUGUGGCGGGAAUCGGUUUCUUCAGUCUGUGUUUCUUAAUGACCUCUCUGGGGGGGCAGUUCUCGGCCAAGCGACUGGGCGAUUCCCCAUUCAGCAUCCGAACCGAAGUGUUGGGCGGUCUGGAGUCUCGUGGGGUCCUGAGAAAGAUCAGUGAUAUGUUGGAGAUAAUCAUGAAGAGGAUCGACACCCUAUCGAAAAUGAGCAACAACAGCGAAUCCCACAAACUGGAGGAGCUGAGCUCCGCUCUCCACAGAUUCCAGCCGGUAGGUCUGGUGGAGCGAAUCCAGGCCAUCGCCCAGAACGUUUCUGACAUGGCUAUACGUAUGGAGCAGAUUCUCAAGAAUACUAACAUCCCAGGCAGAGGCCGAGAUGGAGUUAUAGGCCAGUGCGAAGUCCCUAAGGAUCCUGGGUACCCGGAUUGCGGCAGUAAAGUGGAUUGGAUGAGAGCCAGGUGGACAUCUGACCCUUGCUACUCCUUUUAUGGAGUAGACGGCUCCGACUGCUCUUUCCUUAUCUACCUUAGUGAAGUAGAGUGGUUCUGCCCCCCACUGGCCUGGAGGAAUCAAAGCAGCCACCCCACAACCAGCAGCCUCCCAAGAAGACAGGCAUUUUUCCGCUCCGAUCUGUCUUUACUGUUGGAACGGGUCGGCUCGGGCAAAGAAUCCUUAAGCUUCAUGAGAAGGCGUAUGCGCAGACUGGCUGCGCAGUGGGCUACAGCUGCACGCAGACUUGAGGAGCGCCUGCGCGGUCAAUACAGAGAGCAGAAGAGGAUCCUGGUGCAUGUUGGCUUUCUGACAGAGGAAUCUGGUGAUGUGUUCAGUCCAAAAGUGCUGAAAGGUGGGCCACUUGGAGAGAUGGUCCAAUGGGCAGACAUCCUCACCACCCUUCAUGUGCUGGGACAUAACCUCAAGAUUUCACUCUCAGUAAAAGAACUGCAGGGGUCACUUGGCGUGCCUCCAGGAAGAGGAAGCUGUCCUCUGAUUGGCCCGUUGCCCUUUGACCUUAUCUAUACAGACUACCACGGCCUGCAGCAGAUGAAACAGCACAUGGGUCUUUCGUUUAGACAGCACAGGUGCCACAUCCGUGUGAUCGACACCUUCGGCACAGAGCCAGCGUAUAAUAAUGAGGAGUACGCCACACUGCAUGGCUACAGGACCAACUGGGGCUACUGGAACCUCAAUUGCAAGCAGUACAUGACCAUGUUCCCACACACUCCUGAUAACUCCUUCAUGGGUUUUGUGACUGAGGAACUAAACCAGACUGAAAGAUUCAACAUACAAAGAGACAAAGUCAACAACAUGGCUGUGGUUUACGGCAAAGAAGCCAACAUGUGGAAGGGUAAGGAGAAGUUGCUGACCAUCUUACACCGUUACAUGGACAUCCAUGGGACAGUGUACUAUGAGACACAGCGUCCCCCAGAGGUGCCAGCAUUCGUCAGGAACCACGGCUUACUGCCCCAACAGGAGUUACAGCAGCUUCUGAGAAAGGCUAAGCUCUUCAUGGGAUUUGGCUUUCCCUAUGAAGGCCCUGCCCCUUUAGAGGCCAUAGCCAAUGGCUGCAUAUUCCUGCAGCCAAAGUUCAACCCCCCUCGCAGCUCCCUCAACCAUGAGUUCUUCAGAGGCAAGCCCACUUCCAGAGAGGUGUCAUCUCAGCAUCCGUACACUGAACAGUACAUCGGCAAACCUCAUGUCAUAACAGUAGACUUCAACAACUCUCAAGAAUUUGAGACAGCUGUUCAAGACAUACUCAGAGACAAGGUGGAGCCCUUUAUACCAUAUGAGUAUACUUGUGAAGGCAUGCUGGAGAGAGUGAAUGCUUACAUUCAACAUCAGGAUUUUUGUCAUCGCAUCAGUCCAUUCCCUAAAGCCAAUGAAUCCAGAUCAUGGCCUGGGAAUCCACCCAGUCCUUUCCUUCAUCUGCCCAACUCCACAGCUUUGAUCUGGGCUCCCAACAUCACUGCUCCGGCCUGCUGGCCCCCUCUCAGUGCCCUCCGGCUCUUCCUGUCUCCAGAAGCCUCGUCCUGUGUGAAAACCUGCCAGGAUGCCGGUCUAAUCUGUGAGCCAGCUUUCUUUCCUUUCAUCAACAAUAUGGAGGCCUUCAGUGGGCUUAAUGCUCAGUGUGAGUCUUUGGAAGCGGAGAAGAACCAUGUGUUUCCAGCUGUACAGGUGGAGAGGAGAGAGUGUUUUCAGCAAAAGGAGCCUCUGCUGUUCAGUUGCGCUGGAGUUAGUGCCAAACACCAGCGGCUUUGCCCAUGCAGAGACUACCUCCAUGGCCAGGUGGCGCUGUGCAGGGACUGCCUUUGAGCUUUCCCCAUAGACCUUUAAAGAUGUCUGUGGUAAACUGAGGCCAGCCCUGGGCAGUUAAACAUGUCAGAAUCCCCAGAAUGCUGGUAUCUACAGCUUCAUGGGAAUUGCUGGACUGAGGUCAUUGACGUCAAGCUUGAAGAUGCGUCUGAAGAAGUGUCCUCACUCUUGGUUACUUUGAUCCAAAGCAAAACUUUGCCUCCAGAUGAGCUACUGAUGGUAAGCGAGAUGGUACCCUGAUGUUCACCAUCUUUAGAGUCUACUGUAUCUGAAAAAAAAAAAUAAAAUCCUGGUGGUGGUUACAAGGUUGGAUGCAAAAAUAAAUGCAAAAUACAGUUUUGAGUUUGGAGCUCCUUUGUGAUGCAGGUCAGACUCGAGUAGCUGAAGUUUUAUGAAUGCUGAAAGUGCCAGAAUAAACAUGAAUUUUAAAGUCAACAUGAAACAUUAUAGAGUGUUUCAGGGGAUGGCAUAUUUUUGUAGGCCAAAACUGGGAAAUUGGUUAGUAUUUUACCACUUCUGGCUUGUUCGUCCUAAACUCUUGAAUCGGUGUUUGGUUAAAUGUCUGAAAUAAGGUCUGUGAUUAACAUGAACUCAAAAUAUUUUCAUGUUUUAUUCUACAACAUGAAAUACAUCAUUAAUACCCCCUUUUUAAAGGAUUUCUUAUCUUGAAAAAGGCGGCUGCUAGUGUCUAAUGUGACUGUAGAGGUUGUCAAGGACAUUAAACAUCAUCAGCUGAACAGGAAAACUCAUCUACUCACUAGAAAAAUCCUAUUGGGUUUUUGUCUAGGGAACCAGCGUGACGCUUAACUUACUGGUCGGCCUACAAAAAUAUAUCACUGUAGCACACAACCAUUUUAAUGUUAUAUUUUGGACUCAAAUAGUACAUUCAAAGUGUAGGGUAAGACGUAGUUCCUUCAGUCUGGAUCUGAUUUUGAAAAGUGGAUGGAUGGAUGGAUGGAUGGAUGGAUCCAAUCGUGCCAAACAAUAUGUGGUACUAAUGCUAUACCAACACUUUGUUUAGGGUUUAGAUUUAUAUUUGGGUUAGUAUUUCUUACCAUGUUGUGUAUGCAGUCAGCACUGUGAUUGACAUGACCAGUGAAAUGUUUAGAAUCAACUUUGGGGCGGGUUUGCACUGAACUGGUUUGGAGGGGGGAAAAAAAUAUGCAGUGGAGUCAGAGCUGAACGUGAUUUCACAGUGUUUUUUGGAGAACAACUCUCCUACUGAAACACUUCCAUCAUCCUCUUUUUAGGAGACUUUUAGACCAGUUCACCUUGCAUUACCAACAACAGUAUAGCCUGAAGCCAUGCUUAAUAUCUAUUUGGCUGUUGGUUAACAUUAAACCUUUUAGGCACAUUGGUAUGGUGCAUUAGAGAUUCAAGUUAGAACCUUUCCAUUUUGCUGUAGUUUCCUUGGAUCCACAUGGUUGCUGCUGCCUUACACCUCAAUCUUGUUUUGUUUUUUGUUUUGUUUUUUACACAUUUUUGUAGACAUUUUAAACUUUUUUCUAUAAGUUAACAUUACAGAAUGGGAUAUAUAAUAUAUAAUUAUUUAUUUAUUGAAAUUUUUAACACAUUUAAUGCACCCACCAUUUCAUACAGUUGAUGGUGACAAAUUUGAAGCAGGGCAACAACUCACUGUGUGAUGGAGCCUUUAGAAUGCAGCUAUAUACCCCUUAAACUCAAGAUAUCAGGGAAAAAUGUCCCUGUAUGAGUUUUUUUCCUUAUAUUUAUAUCAUGAUAUAGUUAAGCAAUAUCACACGAGUGCUGUUUUGUCCCGAAUAGCAUGUGCAAAUGUGAUACUGAUUUUAUACAACAGUUCAAUAAGAAGUUAUAUUUUAGACAAAAUAUUGUCUGCUUUUGCUCAAUUUAGCUAAAUAUUACCUGUAAAGAAAGAGCAGAACUGUUGUGGGUCUCCAAGCAACACACAGCAAUGUUUAGUUUCUGAAUGAAUCAGCGUUUUGAGAAAAUCAAUUGCGUGAACCAAUGAUAUAAUGGCUCAUACAUAAAGAGAGGCAUUUACUUCAUUCCUGAAUGAAUCAGCCAUUUGAAAGAAGCGAAUGAAUGACUCAAUGACAUUUACAGCCACCUACUGGCAGUUUUAGUUUCAUUAUUAUUUAAUUAAAAAAAAA